UAAAAGAUAUAUUAACUUUAAAUUUGAUAUAAGUAUAAAUAUAUUAUCAACUAUAAAUAAAUUAACAAACAUGAAAAUAUCAUUUUCUUAAAUAUAUGUAUCAAUAUUCAAAAUAAAUCAUUUGAAUAUUAUACAGAUUUUCAAUACAAACCAAAUCAUAUAUCCUACACCAUAUAUCAUAUACAUAUUUGAAUAUCAUUUCCAUGUAUAAUGUCAUUUGAUACAUAAUAUUAAUAUGACAAUUAUGAGUGUUCAAGAAUAUUUUAAAAAUUAUAUUAAAAUAAUUUUUUAAAUCUAAAAUAAAAACACAAACUUAUAAUAGGUUAUUAAUAACGAAAAUAAACUAAAAUUGUCAUAUCAAUAAGUUUUUUUUAUUAUCAUUCUUUUAUAUGGAUAAUAUAAUAAAUUUUCAUCAAAUUCUGAGGAAUCUCUAACUUAUGUAGUAUUAAAAAAUAUAUUAGUAAUUUAAUCAAUUUAUUUAAAAAAAUACUAUCAUAUAUUUUGUGUUUUAUCGGAUCAAUGGUAUCAGAUUGAAGGUUAAUAGUGAGUUUUUGGGUUUUUACCGGGUUAUUUUUAAUUAACGAAUUUUUCUUUAAAUUUGAACCGGAUUAUAUACAAUGUAUCAAGUCUAUAGGUUCAACCAUGAAUCUAGGUAGGAUAUGAAAACAAAUCUUAAAACUCAAACAUUAUUAUAGAACAACUACCAUAUUUUGAAAAAAAUUCAUAUUUUGAAAAGAAAAUAAAACAAAUGAUAAAAACCUAAAAACUCAAGUUUAAAAUAAAAUAAUGGUAGUUUGUAAAUCAGUUUUUGAUCAAUAAAUGAAAAAAAAAAUAAACGCGCGCUUAAAAGAUCAAAAUCUAGUGGUCUCUUAUUAUAAUUGAUCAAAUCUUUGGGCCUAAUUUUUUGGUUAAGAUUUUCACCACCAAAAAAAUGUUUAAUUUAGCUGAAAACAUGAGUAGGAGCUUUUGAAUGCCCCACAAAAACGUAUUUGUAAUGGGCCUGAUUCUCAUUAUUUCAGCGAAUACAAAGAAGCGCCCAUUCAAAAGACAAAAAUGAGCGGUCAGAGCGGGAACAUUUCAAGGUACAAAAGACUCAAAAACAACGUCACAGGCUCCGCACGUGCCAUCAUCCCGCCCUUUCUCCAUUUCCCCCAAAUCUCAAAUUCUCAAAUCCCUAUCUCUCUCUCCCUUCCCCCACCGAUUCACAUCACUUGACAAUGUCCGAAGACCCGAGUCGACUCGGAAGCUCAACAGCCGCCGGAAGAGAGCUUAUAGCUCUCGGACUCACCAAUUCAGACGGCGACGAACAUCUCUACCACCAACAAGCCUCGGAGUUAUGCCGUCACCUACUCCACCUUGGCCACUCCGAAUCCGUUGCGCAUCUUUCUUCACGGUGUACACACUUGCGAGCUUCUCCUGAGCUCGUCAAGAGUCUUUGCUCGAUCCCUAACUCCCCUAUCUCCCUCACCGAAGAUGGCGCAUUCGUGACUCUCUCGUGCGAGUUUCUCUCCGAUCCGGCUAGUUUCGCGUCUAGUCUGGGUAUGCCGGAGCACGAUCUGUGUGAGAAGAUUUCGCGUUUUACGGAUUCGAUGUCCCCCAAGCGUAAGCAUAUGAGAGAAAACGAGGAAGAAGCGGAGCUACAGCUCAUGCCAUUGCCAAAACGAAGCCGAAAUAAUGAAAUCAAUGCGAGUUACAGAGCUAAUGAGAUUACAACUAUUGUGAAUGGUUCCAUGCUUGAGACUCUUAAAGCUUUUGAAACCCAAGCUUCGCUUAUAAGUUUAGGUGGUGAACUACUGGCAUUUGACCAAAGUCCUUGGUCUGCUGGUUGCGAGAUGUUCACCAAUCUUCCAGUGGAUGUUGAUCCUAUGCAUUGCUUGGAGGAGAUCAAGCAAGAUUCGCCAUUUCCUGGAGAGGUUGGAUAUGGUAACCAACUUGAGAUUGAAGAUUUUCAAAUUGUUGACAACCUAAGUUUAAUCGAAGAAGAAGAUGAGGAUAACAACGAGGAUUUGUUACCUGCGGGGGAGAUACAAACUCCCAAUGCGCAGUCUGAAUCCAUGCCAUCGGAAAAUGAGUUAAGAUCAGUGUACGUUGUGGAGGAUACUGAAGAUAAGCUUGCCUUGAGUUGUAACCCAUUAAAGCAAGAGGACCAGGCUGUAGAGAUCUUUACUACCCCUGUCAAAGAGAUGCCUUUGAAGCCUUCGGCUAUAACAGUUAACCAAGAUAAUUCUUUAGUACAUAAAGCUCAGGAUCUAUGCAAAUCGUCUGGAAACAGCAAAGGACAUAGCUGUUCUCCUGAGAAAAAAUACACCAGGAAAAGUAAAGCUACUCAGAAGGCAAAACAGAAUCUGAACUACAUUCAACCUAAAGACCAGAAGGAUCAGGCAAAGCAGAACACAUUUCCAGAUGUUGAUUCUUACACUGUUAUAGAGGAAGAAGGCUCAGGUGGCUACGGGAUUGUUUAUAAGGCAAGGAGGAAAACUGAUGGAAAAGAGUUCGCCAUUAAAUAUCCACAUGCCGGUGCUCAAAAACACUAUAUUAAUAAUGAAAUCAGAACGCUCGAACGUUUCGGGGGGAAAAACUUUAUAAUAAAAUAUGAAGGCUGUCUCAAGAACGGGGAUUCCGAUUGCAUUAUCCUUGAACACGUUGAACAUGACAGACCUGAUCUUUUGAAAAGAGAAAUAGAUGUGUAUCAGCUACAGCUGUACGGCUACUGCAUGUUCAAAGCUCUGUCAAGUCUUCAUAAGCAGGGUAUUGUUCACAGGGAUGUUAAGCCAGGCAACUUCCUUUUCUCUAGGAAGAGCAAAGAAGGUUAUCUCAUUGACUUUAACCUCGCCAUGGAUUUACACCAGAAGCACAGGAGAGCCGAUAAAUCAAAAGCUGCUACAGCUCUCCCAACUGUCAGCAAGAGGCAUCAGAUAUUGAUUAACGCUCCUGAAACAACAAACCGAGUGACCAACAAAUCUUCUCAGAAAACUCUAGCGCCCAAUAGCCUGAAGAAAGCAGCGGGAAAGAUAAGAUCUCGGAAUGACAUGAGCAGAUGGGAGAGAUUCAACAGCCAAGGGGGAGAAGGAUCUGGCUUAACUUCAGCCAAAGAUGUGACCAGCACAAGGAACCACCCUUCAGGUGAAAAGAGGAGAGAGCCUUUGCCAUGCCAUGGAAGGAAAGAGCUUUUAAACUUUCUGCAGGAGACAAUGUCUGGUCCAGUUCCAAACCAUGACGUAUCAUCCAAAGCUCCUACGUCUAUGAGAAAACGUGUCGCUGCUCUUCCAGAGAAAGAUGAUGGGCUUGUUUAUCUGACCCCAAUGCCGCUGCGCUCUAACGGUAGGCCUGAAGCAGGGGAUGUAAUUAAAAAGAAAGACGGUCCUUGCUCAGGAACCAAAGGCUUCCGUGCUCCAGAGGUUUGCUUAAGAUCGUUGCACCAAGGACCUAAGAUAGACGUGUGGUCUGCAGGAGUAACUUUGUUAUACCUAAUGAUGGGAAGAGCACCUUUCACUGGUGACCCUGAACAGAACAUAAAGGAUAUUGCAAAACUACGAGGCAGUGAAGAAUUAUGGGAAGUUGCCAAGCUGCACAACCGUGAAUCUUCUUUCCCUGAGGAAUUAUAUGAAUCAAGGUACUUGAAAGGGAUGGAGUUGAGAAAAUGGUGCGAACUCAACACAAAACGCAGAGACUUCCUAGACACGAUCCCACCGUCGCUCCUAGACCUUGUUGAUAAGUGUGUGACCGUUAACCCAAGGCUACGAAUCAGCGCGGAGGAUGCUCUGAAGCACGACUUCUUCCAUUCAGUUCAUGAAACCCUUAGAACACAAAGGGUCCUUAAGCAGCAGCAGCAAACGCAAUUGCAUCCUUCAGUGGUUGCUGACGCAGUAGACCAAACAAUACACUAAUAUUACAAAUGUAAAGUAAAAUAGUAACUUGAAUUUUACUUCUUUUUCACUCCACAGUCCACACCGCACCUUGCAUGACAUGCAAAUUUAGUAGCGUUUUAAGUUUGUUUAAUUGCAGAGAGGACUCGAAUGUAAUUUUAAAAGGUAAAAAAGGGUAGAGUUUUCAGACUGUAUAGUUGUCACCGCACUACAAUGAUUUGGAACUCAUGUUUGUAUGUCAUAGAAGUA